GGGAUAACUACUAUGGGUUUCUGAAUAGCAGCUUCACAGGAAAUGUUUUGUAUUCAGAUUUUGAUAGAGUUUAACAAAGUGCAUCUUUCACUAUAAGACAGAAUGAUGCGCUUUAUGCUGCUUUUUAGCCGUCAAGGCAAAUUGAGACUCCAGAAGUGGUACACUGUAAUGGUUGAUAAGGAGAAGAAAAAGAUUACAAGGGAACUUGUUCAAAUUGUGCUAAGUCGACAAGGCAAAAUGUGUAGCUUUGUGGAAUGGCGGGAUCUCAAAGUUAUUUAUAAAAGGUUUGCCAGCUUGUAUUUUUGUUGUGCAAUAGAGGAACAAGAUAAUGAACUUCUGGCUCUGGAAAUCAUCCAUCGUUAUGUGGAAUUGCUGGAUAAGUAUUUUGGCAAUGUUUGUGAACUAGACAUCAUCUUUAAUUUUGAGAAGGCCUACUUCAUACUGGAUGAAUUUCUAAUCGGAGGGGAGUUGCAGGACACCUCAAAGCACAGUAUACCCAAAGCAGUGGAGGAGGCAGAUAUGUUGCAAGAGACUAUGGAAGAAUAUUUAGCAAAACCAACAUUUUGACUUGGACUCUAGAAGGCCUGAAAGAUGGACUCCUAAUUUAUGAAAUGUAUACAUGGAUUAUUGUGUGUUUACAAUGGUCUAAAAUUUAGAAGAAUAUAUUUUGCUAUUGCUUCACUUUAUGGAAAAAUGUACAAUUUCAACAAAAAUGCAGUUAGCAAGUUGGCACUAUGCAAUGUUCAGGCAUAAUAUUUUUUUUGUAUUCAUAGUUAUUUGUGUGCUUCUUGUUUAAAGUUUUCCAUUGUUAAUGAGGAGGAGGUAUGUUGCUUCAAUGCAUUUAACAACAAAAUUCAUUCCUACAAAUCUUCAACUAGUAUAGAUGGAUGCUACCGAAUUAUUUUUAAUUAUAACUAAAAUAAAAAUCAUCAACCCUGUAAUUUACCUAAUUUUGGUAUAGAAUUGAAAUUGUCAAUUAAUCUAAUGGCAUGUUGAAAAUUAUUACCUCCAAGUCAGUUUUUUAUCAUGCGAGAGUAUCCUGCAAAAUGAGAGACCUGUUGUUUUAAUAUGUUACAACUUGCCUGAAAGGCUUAAGAACACUAAAUUGGCUAAUUGUACUUCAGAAUAACUGAUUUUAAAAGAUGCAGGUUAUUUGAGCUGAUGAAAGUACCCAAGUUUGAGUGAGACAUAAAUAUAUUUGUAGUGACCUACUGCACGUUAUAAAUUCUAGAUCACAUAUGGGAAAGGAUUCAAUGUAGCACUCCUGUCAACAAAUCAGGUCAAACCCCACUCCAGCAUUAACACAAAAUGAUACUUUCAUACAAUACAGAUAUAAAAACUGCCUUAGUCAGAGAUGCCCCCUUCAAACUAUGGAUCCAUCUGUUGCAAACUAAUAAAAAAAUUACAACACUGUCAAAAAAAGAACAAGUUUACUUGAACGAAAGCCAAUACAAAAAUUGCUGAUUGCUUUCCCCUUUGCAAAUUUGCAAUUAAAUAUAACCAAAACUGUUUAAGAUGCAAAUCCCUUCUAAACUAUGGAAAUCCUUUGGAGACUGUUGUUGGAAAACCAGUGUAAAAUCCUUGACAGAUACCUGAAUUGUACCUACUGCUCAAUAGGGGAUUCUUUAUUGCAAGCAUUUUGGUUCUUUACCUAUGGAAUUUAAAUGUGAAGCUGAUGUUCACCAAUACUAUCCAAUAUCAGUUGGUAGUACAAAAAAGGGUAAUCUCUUUCACAAGCUUGUGUAUAUACUUGAUACAUGUGAUAAAUUCCACUGUUUUAUUUAUUGUUUGGUAAAUUAGUAAUCUGGAAGAUUGUCAUGUGCUUAUUUGUGCCCUAUGGUUUUUCAGUAAAAUUGGAUUCUGUAUGUACUAUUUUGUUAUGCUGUUGUGCAGCUCCAUAUUAAUUAUUGAUAUAUUUAAUAUUAAUGUUUUUUUUUACAUUUUUAAGAUUAACCUGACAAAUA